AUGGGAGAGGAAGAAAGCAUCACCCAAUUCAGUGCCAGAGUCUUAAGUAUAUCCGGAGAUGCGUUCAACCUAGGCGAACCUAUACCCGAACAUAGGAUCGUAAAAAAGGUUCUACGCUCACUACCCGGAAGAUUCCAAAUGAAAGUCACCGCUAUUCAAGAACAUAAAGAUCUGAAUACAUACAGACUAAGUGACCUAAUAGGAAAUCUUCAAACCUAUGAACUGGAGAUGCUACAAGGUCAGAAAAACAAUGGAAAAGGAAUAGCAUUACAGUCCAGACAAGAAGAGAACUCAGAAACUGAUUCAGAAACCAUGGAACAGUCAAUUGCACUACUAACGAAGAACUUUAACCGAGUUCUCAAGAAGUUUAAUAAAUCCAGGAAUAAAAAUUUCUCAAACAACCAAGUAAAUUCUACAAAUCAGAAACCGUCCAAUCCAAAGAAAAGAGAUAAUGCAAUUACUGAAGGAAUACAAUGCUAUGAAUGCAAAGGCUUUGGACACAUUCAGUCAGAAUGUGCUACAUACUUGAAAAGGAAAAAUAAAACAUAUAUAACGAUUCUGAGCGAUGACUCAGAUAGUGAAGAAGAUGAUAACAACACGAACUUCGUAGCAUUCACUGCUAGUCAUGAAGACAACAAUAGUGAUGACAUGCAAGAGUUACUAGAGGCAUACACUCAACUAAAUGCCAAAUGGGAGCAAAUCAUCAAGAAAAAUUUGGAACUCAUGGAAGAUAAUCACUAUUUAAAUAAUGAAAAAGAGCGAAUAGAGAAACAAUACAAAGAAGCCCAGAACGAACUACUUGACCUCAAGAACAGAGAAACAAAACUGCUACAAGAAAUUAAGGAGCUUACCGAAAGACCCGGGACUCCAAGCACGGACACCAGUGAGAAUAACCAACCUGAAAUACAGGAAGUGUCGCAACAGCACUUCCGACAUCGAAGAAGAAUAAGGCAUAUGACUGGAAAUCCAGAAAAUUUAGAGAACAUACACUAUAAAGAUGAAGGAUAUGUUACCUUUGGAGAUGGAGGAAAAGGAAAAAUUGUUGCAAAUGGAAUCCUGAAUGUACAUGGACUGCCAAAACUGACAAAAGUCUUCCUAGUACAAGGGUUAAAAGCAAACCUGAUUAGUAUAAGUCAACUAUGUGAAGAUGAACUUAAAGUGGAAUUCACAAAAGAUAGUUGCAAUGGGAUGGUGAUCUAUCUUGCUUACAGACAACCGUCAAUCAAACACAGCUAUGGCACCAACGAAUGGGUCAUAUAA